ACUGUACGUUUGAACGCACGCUCACGAUUGCACAGAACGACAAUAAAUGUCGUCACAAACGGCAUAAGACGUAGUCUGUAUAUUUCACUGUGUACUUCAUCAACACCGGCUAUGGAGGAAUCAGAGCAAAAGAAGGGGAAAACGAUCAUGUCAAACUAUGGGCUGAAAACAUACACACCUGAACAAGCCAAGGAGCAAUGGAGGGAGAGCAUGAGGAGAGAAAUCCUUCUUCGAAAUUCGCACCUAAUUUCUUCGAAUUGCAGUGAGGCUCUUUCUAAAGCUUGGAAAACCAAUUUUUCAAGGCAUAUUUCUUCAGACGCUGUGUUAAACUACUUUAACUCUAACAAGCAGCAUGAUAGGAUAUCAAAUUACGACAGGACAUUCCAUGUAAAGACUGGUUAUUGCAGUAAACUUCACAGGGACGACAGAGUGCAUACUCGAGGACUUAAUGUUCACGCUGAGGAACAAACAAAGGCAGUGCCAGUUCUAAGCUCAUCUCUGUAUGGCCAUCGACCUCCUUUAGAGUCUCCUUCUCGGCGCCACGUCCGUGUAGCGACAGUAAAGCGAGAUUUCUACCGUCACAGUGGAACUAACAUACCUCUGUUUUAGAGCAUUGAUUUCUAUCGACAAGAACUUACAUUAAAAUUGCUUUCGGAAAAAUCUCAUUGAGCUUCUUGUAUUUCGACAGUUAGAUUAAGAAAACCUCUCUCUUACUUCAAUAAGUUUUUUCCCUCCAAAGCGUUAUGGACGUUAUCGGUCCCAUCUGAAAGGAGGGGCUACUUGAAUGUUUUACAUUGUUUGCAACACGCACACAACAUUAUGCGGCUCAGGUCAUGUGGGGUAAAAAGCUUUGAUAACUGACGAUUUAAGGCCAAGGGGGUACUUGUUACUAUAUUAUGAGAAGAAAAGAACAACAUUUUCGGAAAACAUUGCAAGGCAACUGGUGAUUUUUAUUUUUCUUACCGCCGGCAUAUUUUCCCUUACCACCCCCCGGAAAAAUAUUGAGCCUCGAGAUAGGCUAGUGUAUUAGUAGCAUUUCUUGUUUCGAAGGAUAGUUUAGUCCAUCGAUGUUCUUCGUCGAUUUCAAGUCGAAUGGAUUUGUUAACCCUAAAGUAGAAAGUAGGG